AUGGCUUUCGUUUUAGCGGAUUAUGGUUUAAACCUAGGUAACCUAUGCCGCUGUACUGGCUACAGACCAAUUCUCGAGGCUUGCUAUUCAUUUGCGGUAGGUUGCACGGACGGCAGGCAUUGCAGCUUCAUGAAAAAUGAGAGAUUGGUUCGAAUGAGAAGCGUUUCAUUUCACCUGAUGUUUUCGAUGUUCGUGUUUCAAGGAAUCGACAUCAAGUUCAGAAACGCACAUUUUCCCUUUUUCAUCUCUACGUUGGGCGUCGCCGAAUUGAAACGCCUGGAACUGCAUGCCAAGAAGGGACUGUUCAUAGGAGCGACGGUCAGCCUCAGUCAGUUGAAAGAAGAACUAUUGGACUUAGUGCGGUUUGUUCCAGGCGAGUUACGUCUUUCCAUUAUGCAACGUAAAGAAUCUUUGAAGGCACAGGGCGAUAAAUGUUUUCACAAUGUUUCAGUGUUCGCUAAAACAAUGAUCAUCUUCCGCGUUAGCAUCAAACUUGGUCUACACCAGGAUAUGUGAAA